UUUCGGAUUCCGACGUCCUACAUUAGCAUGAUAAGUAUUUCAGGUUCGACGGCGGCGUCAACCUCGUCCGUUCCUAGGCCCUUCUUCCAGAUCACACGAAAGUGGCAUCCUUCCACACUACCACCAUUACGACCAGGACUGACUGCGACCGCUGCCACUCCGUAAUAGAUUCAAAUUAACCAAACCUGUUGAGCAUCCCUGAUCUGCACCAUGCCCCACUCAACUGAUAACUCCUCUCCUUCCAACCACGCGGCCUGGCUGGUUGCGGCCAAAGCCACGCCAUUCGAGAUAAAGCCAGCGCCAUACACACCGCCUGGAGAGGGCCAGGUUGUUAUUAAAACAGCAGCCGUUGCCAUUAACCCUAUCGACUGGAAGAUUCAAGAGCGAGCGUUCUUCCCGCUUAACUAUCCCACCAUCUUGGGCGAGGAUGUGGCAGGCGAGAUUUUUGAGCUCGGUCCGGGAGUAGACCGUUUCAUGAAAGGAGACCGGGUGCUAGCCCAUGCGCUUAGCUUCGUAUCAAACCUCCACUAUGACUCUGCCUUUCAGGAAUACGUCGUAGUGUCGGCUCGCCUGGUAUCACCUAUCCCUUCGGCGAUGUCCUUUGAGGAGGCGGCGGGGAUUCCCUUGGCUUUGUCUACAGCAGCUGCUGGUCUCUUCCAGAAAGAACAUCUAGCGCUUCAUUAUCCUUCAGUGAAUCCGACCCUCACGGGGAAGACGCUCCUUAUCUGGGGUGGUGCCUCCAGUGUCGGCAGUGCCGGUAUUCAAUUGGCAGUCUCAGCCGGGUACGAGGUUGUCACUACCGCGUCGCCAAAGAACUUCGACUACGUAAAAUCUCUUGGAGCUGCGCAGGUGUUUGACUACAAUGCAGAGGAUGUAGUAGAUAAACUUAUAGAAGCGCUUAGGGGCAAGGAAGUGGCGGGAGUACUGGAUACAAUCAAUUACUACGGAACCUUUCAGAAGUGCGUCGAUGUGCUGCAAAAAGCCAACGGAGGUGGAUUCAUUGCCUCCACGGAACGACUGCCAGAAGAACUUCCCGAAGGAGUCAACGGGCGAUGGAUCUUUGCCACCACAAUCAACGAUAAUGACGUCUCAUAUGCCAUUUAUGAAGACUUCCUACCCAAGGCUUUGGAAGCCGGCCUCUAUGUGGCUGCACCGAAGUCUGAAGUGGUUGGGGAGGGUUUGAGUUCAGUGCAAACUGCUAUUAACGCUCUGAAGAAGGGUGUGUCAGCAAAGAAACUGGUGGUGACCCUGUGACUUUAGUUUUGCUGGACGAGAUUUAUACUGAAUUUACAGAAUGAGCUUAGUGUGUUCAAUGUUCCUCUUACGUUUCAUGUUUCUCUGUCUAAUUACUAUAGAACUCACGUAGAUUGAUAGAUUGCACCUUGUUGCGCCGACUUCGAAAUUACAAUUGAUAAUUUUGAC